AGGUUCGUCUUUAAACAUGGCGGCCAAAGCGCUCCGCCAGCGACCUAGACGGAGCAGCAGACAAGAUGCGAACAAUGUCAGUGUGUCCACCGAGGCUCGGUCGCCGAAAGAGGAGAAAGGGGCCGAUGAGAGCAAAGCUACAGAGACUCAGCAAGAGUCAAUAAGUCGCGGUGGUCAGGUGUGGGCACCAGAAGGCUCAACUGCCUUUAAAUGUCUGCUGUUAGCGCGGCUCUGUGCAGCAUUGCUAAGCAACAUCUCAGACUGCGAUGAGACCUUCAACUAUUGGGAGCCGAUGCACUACCUGCUUUAUGGCACAGGGAUGCAAACUUGGGAAUAUUCUCCAUUGUAUGCCAUCAGGUCCUAUGCUUACCUGUGGCUGCACGCCCUCGCAGCUUGUUUACCUGCCCAUGUACUACAGACAAACAAGGUUUUGGUGUUCUACAUUGUGCGAUGUGUCCUUGCUUUCUCCUGCUGUGUCUGUGAGCUCUAUUUUUACAAGGCCGUUUGUAAGAAGUUUGGUUUGCACGUCGGCCGCCUGAUGUUUGCUUUUCUCCUCCUGAGCUGCGGAAUGUUCUGCUCAUCUGCAGCAUUCCUGCCGUCCUCUUUCUGCAUGUACACGACAGUGGUCGCCAUGACAGGAUGGUUCCAGGACUCCACACCGUUAGCAAUAAUGGGUGUAGCAACUGGUGCCAUUGUUGCCUGGCCAUUCUCCGCUCUGAUUGGGGUGCCGAUUGCCUUUGACCUGCUGGUGUUAAAGCAGCAAUGGAAGAGUUUUAUCACCUGGUCAGCUAUCGCUAUGUUGAUCGUACUGGGUCCCUUGGUAGCAGUGGACUCUUUCUUUUAUGGCAAACUGGUGGUCGCCCCUCUUAAUAUUCUACUGUAUAAUGUCUUCACACCACAUGGGCCCGAUCUCUAUGGGACAGAGCCGUGGCACUUCUACUUUAUGAACGGGGCUUUGAACUUCAACCUGGUGUUUGUUCUGGCACUGUUUUCCCUGCCGCUCACUGCUCUCAUGGAGACGCUCCUACACAAGUUUAAUGUGCAGAACCUGGGCCGUCCUUACUGGUUGACUCUGUCCCCCAUGUAUUUGUGGAUGUUUAUUUUCUUUACCCAACCUCACAAAGAAGAACGCUUUCUCUUUCCCAUCUACCCUCUCAUUUGCCUCAGUGGUGCAGUGGCCCUCUCAUCUUUACAGGUGUGUCUUCAUCAUAGCGUUCAACAUUGGGCGACCAUCAAAGCUGCGUUUUCUCAUUCAUUUCCCUUCCUGCAGAAAUGCUACCACUUCUUGUUCCACCGCUACCGACUGGAGCACUACACAGUCUCCUCCAAUUGGCUGGCACUUAGUGCAGUUGUGGUCUUCGCUGUGAUGUCACUUUCUCGCUCUGUCGCCCUCUUUAGAGGCUACCACGCUCCUCUGGACUUAUACCCAGAGUUUCACCGUAUCGCCAAGGCUACCACUCUGCACUCAGUCCCCGAAGGCAGACCAGUUACUGUAUGUGUGGGCAAGGAGUGGCACCGCUUCCCGAGCAGCUUCCUUCUCCCACACAACUGGCAACUACACUUCAUCCAGAGUGAGUUCAAAGGUCAGCUCCCCCAGCCAUACGCCUUGGAUCCUCUGGCCACACAGAUCAUCCCUGCUAAUAUGAACGACCAGAACCUGGAGGAGCCAAGCAGAUAUGUAGACGUGCGUCAGUGCCACUACCUGGUAGACCUUGACACAGAAGAAGAAACGCCACAUGAACCACGUUACGCAGCCAACAAAGAGGAGUGGAACAUCAUUGCCUAUAAGCCUUUCCUACAAGCCUCCAGGUCCUCUCCGUUCUUCAGAGCGUUCUACAUCCCGUUCCUAUCUGAGCGCCACACCAGCUAUCGGCAGUACGUCAUCUUGAAACCGCGGCGGCAAAGGCAGCCUCGUACGCGCAGCCAUGGCUGAUCUUUGAACUUCAAAUACAACAACAAAAAUCAAUGACUUCCCCUUUUGACACCAAUGGAGUGUGCGCUUUAUGAGUUUGUUGGCUGGGUUUUGAAGUGUUUGUCUUAAGGAAUGAAGCUGCGGACCCUUUAAGGACAAUGCGUGGACUUGUGUGUAAGUGUGUGCAUGUGCAUUUGAACACAAAUUCACACUUGACACUAAUAAGGGGUACGAAUCAUGUGUUUGUGUGUACAUCGUUCCUCAGGUGUGCUUAUUUGAAUGUCUGUACAUAUCAGUGUUUCACUUCAUACUGGGCAUCAAACUGUGGCCCGAAUGGGAGAAUUGAAUCAUGUCAUAAAAAUGUUUACUUGUUGUGCUUGGUGUGAGUGAGGAGAAUGAAUGGAUAUGAUUAAUUUAAUUUGACUGCAAAUGCAACAAUGUUUGUUUUUUUAUAAAAAAAAAAAAAUCUGUACAAUAAAAAACAGUACCACAAUCUGAUUUAUUUACUUAACAAACAUACAAACUGCAGAAUACAUAUCAAGACAUAACACAUCAUUACAAAUGUCAAUAUACUUGAACAUUCUUUUCAAUAACAUGCUGUGGUGUCAUUAAUGUGCUACCUCAACACUUGGGAGGAUCAUGAAUCAAAACAUCGAUUCAGUGGGGAAAGAGGAAGCCAUUAAAGAAUUCCUGCGUUAUUGUUGUGUCAAUGCACAGUUAUAAAGCAUAAACAGUAUUUACCCAAUGUGUCACCAAAUGAACAUUUCAGACAGCAAACAGUGAGACAUUAGUAGUUAAAUGUCCAUGCAAAUGACAUGCGCACUUACUACAGUCAUAUUACUGGUAUAUCAACAGAGGUCAAGAUGUUCCAUGCCAAUAGUGUCCUAAGUGUGCAACGUCAAGUGGUGAUGACGAGGUAUCUGUCCAUUAUUUUGAAGCGUAUGAGUUGGCAUUUUGCUGUGGUUUAUUGAUGUAAAAAGCAAACUCAACCACAGGUCUAAGCUUCUUUAGUGCAUGCAACACCGCAGAGUUCAAUGAAAUAGAUCCAUCCGACGACUCG